AUGGGCGUCUUCUACGAAACAAUCCCCGACUCUCUCAAACCAUGGAUCCUCGAACAACAAAUGCUCUUCGUUGGAACCGCUCCCCUCUCCCCUCACGGCCACAUCAACAUCUCCCCCAAAGGCGGCAGCACCUUCGGCAUCCCGUCCCCCACCUCUUUCUGGUACAUGGACCUCACUGGCUCCGGUGUCGAAACGCACGCGCACCUCCACGAGCCCGGUAACGCGCGCAUCGUCAUCAUGUUCCUUGCCUUCACGGGCCCGCCGCGAAUCGUGCGCUUAUGGGGAAAGGGCCGGGCUAUUGAGAACGGCACAUCCGAAUACGCUGCUUUUAUCGCCGACAAUAAAAUCGCCACCAAGCCCGGCUGCAGGAGUAUCAUCAUGUUGGACAUUGAUCAGGUCGCCACGAGCUGCGGGUUCAGCGUGCCGUAUUAUGAUUUCGUGGCGCACAGGCCGAUUCUAGAUGAUUUCUUCGCCAAGAAGCAGGACAAGUUUGAAAAGGGCGAUGAGAAAGAAAGCAUGGACAGGUAUUGGAGUUGGAAGAGUCAAUUGAGCAUUGAUGGGCUGCCGGGCAUGAAGAGAGGUUAUGAGUUUGCACAGAGGAAUGGGGUCAAGCCACUGAAGAAGAUGGUUGGGAGGGCGGGGGAAGUGGCGGAGAGGAAUGCUGGGAUGUAUGGGGAGAAGGAGAGAGUGGGCAUGGUGCAUUUGUUGGUGGUGUUGGUGCUGGGGAUGGUUAUCGGGGCUGCGGCGGUGUGCAGCUUCUUGAGUCCUGAGGGCUUGAAGGUAUUGCAGGCAAAGGGCAGGUUAGUUUGA